AAUACUUUAUAUUACUUACAUGUGUGUGUAUACAUAACCGACAAAAUCUCAGCUGCUAUAUAUACUCCUAGUCUCCCUUGUUUAGAUCCUUCUUUCUGCCUUUUUUUUCUUACAACCUCCUCUGCAACAAGGUACUUUGUUACAUUGAAGGGAUAUGGUUAUCAGUCUCAACUUGAUGGAAGUCGAUACACAAAGUUCCUGUUCUAAUGAGAAGCAAUCUUUGACAUGUUCCAUAUCAAGCAAUGAUGGAAAAAAUCCUCCAGAGAAAGGUGGAAGCAGUCCUGGGUUUAUUAAUCAUGCCGCAAUUGCUUGGCAUGAGAGCAGAAGAGAAUGGAUCGGAGAUUCAUCUAAAAGGUUGCAGAGAACCCCAAAAGAUCCAGUUAUAAGCUGGACAAUGACUUAUGAAGACUUACUCUCAACUACUGAUCCUUUCACUGAGCCAAUAUCUUUAACGGAGAUGGUAGAUUUCUUAGUCGAUAUUUGGUUUGAUGAAGGGCUCUUUGAUUAGAUAAUAGCUUGCAAGUUGAGUAGCACCUCGAGAUGGUGAACGAGAAGGCAGGUACACACUUUCUGGAAAGCGUUGGCAUGAACUUGUUCAAACCUCAAGGGAUAGAUACAUAAGUCGAUGUCGUAUAAUUGUAUUAUAGUGUUUAGAGUUAUUUAAAAGUAGAUAUCAAUUUGUUGUAAAAGUAUGCUGCAUGUGUCAUAAAAAAAUUUCAUUUCACUUGUGCUAA